AUGCUUGAAAAAGAGCUUCUUCUCACAAACCCUACAACACCAAACAACAUGAUCAGAAGACAAGCCAGAGAAAGAAGAGAAUAUUUGUACAAGAAGUCUUUAGAGCUUCAAGAAACUGCACAACUAGAAAAGAGACAAAAGUUGAAGGCUGCGCUUGCUUCUGGUAAACCUCUCUCCAAAGAGUUAAGUGAAGACGCUGACCUCCACAAAAACUUCAGAUACGAUGAGAGUGAACAAGUGGAUAUCGAUGACGAAUAUCUGGCCUUGAGUGGUAUUAAUGAUCCAAAGAUUAUCGUGACGACAUCAAGAAACCCAUCUGCCAAAUUACUACAGUUCUCGAAAGAGAUCAAGUUGAUGUUCCCUAACUCCAUGAAGUUGAACAGAGGUACCUAUGUCAUCCCUGAUCUCGUGAAGCUGUGUUCCAGAGCAGCUAUCAACGACUUGAUUGUUCUUCACGAACAUAGAGGUGUUCCUACUUCCCUUACCGUCUCGCAUUUCCCUCAUGGUCCUUCCGCUGUCUUUACUUUGCACAAUGUUAAGUUGAGACACGAUUUGCCAAAUAUUGGUAACAUCUCUGAAGUUUACCCUCAUCUCAUUUUCGAGAACUUUUCAACUGCAUUGGGACAACGUGUUGUCAAGAUACUUAAGCAUUUAUUCCCUCCCGGAGCUAAGAAAGAUAGCUCGAGAGUCAUCACUUUCAUCAAUAAUGAAGACUUUAUUAGUGUGAGACACCAUGUGUUCGUGAAGACCAAGGAUGGCGUCGAACUCAGUGAGGUUGGACCAAGAUUUGAAAUGAGACUUCACGAGCUUAGGCUUGGCUUGCUCGAUAACAAGGACGCUGAUGUGGAAUGGAAGACUAGACGCUUCGUGAGAACUGCUAACAGGAAAAACUACUUGGCUGAUUAA